AGUGACUAUCCCGGGAAGUUAUGAUAAGAGGAAAACAGAAAAAGACGGCCUGGGUACUGUCAGAAUGGGGACAUCUUUAGAGGUUGCAACCAGGUUGUAAUGACUUCCUGUGGCACAGCCUGAUUGAGAAGAAGCGCUUCCGGCAGCCUUGAACCACUAAUCAGCACACCAGCCUUCCGGGCCUGACGCGACCCUUGUCUCAGGCCUCUCGGAGUCGUACAGCCGCGCAGCCCCGCACCUGCGACGUGGCAGUCCAUGGUGGAGCCUCCUUGCCGCAGUCCAGGUCCAGCUCUCCCUGUGUCCGCGCUGCCCCAGCAUUAGGCGACCCCAGGAGCCUGUGAUGGGCGCCUGCGCCUGCUCACGGGCAAGGAUCUUGCAUUAGCCGUUAUCUCUUCACACAACACCUGGCGUUUGAUAAAUGUUUGUUGAAUUUGAAAAGACAUGUGGGCAAUGAAUUUGGAAAGGGAGAACAUCCUUGGUCCUACAGUGUUGCUGACACUGACGUUUUUCUAAGUGGUCUUGACCUGCCUACUUUUUAUGUAAAUAAUUGGCUAGACUUCAUAUUUUUCACUACAGAAGUCCAUAACCUGCAGUUGCUAGAGAUUUUAAAACACUACUUUUAGGAUAUCAUCUACAUUUAACUAGAAAGCUCUUCCUUUCUUAUUCCAAAAUGUUGAGAUACUGGGGAGAGAUACCAAUCUCGUCAAGCCAGAGCAACAGAAGUUCCUUUGACUUGCUCCCUCGGGAGUUCCGACUAGUAGAAGUCCAUGACCCACCCCUGCACCAACCCUCAGCCAACAAGCCCAAGCCCCCCACUAUGUUGGACAUCCCCUCAGAGCCAUGCAGCCUCACCAUCCAUACCAUUCAGCUGAUCCAGCACAACCGACGUCUGCGCAGCCUCAUUGCCACAGCUCAGGCCCAGAAUCAGCAACAGACAGAAGGUGUGAAGACUGAAGACACUGAGCCUCUUCCAUCCUGCCCUGGAUCACCUCCUCUUCCUGAUGAUCUCCUUCCUUUAGAUUGUAAGAAUCCCAAUGCACCAUUCCAGAUCCGGCACAGUGACCCAGAGAGUGACUUUUAUCGUGGGAAAGGGGAACCUGUGACUGAACUCAGCUGGCACUCCUGCCGGCAGCUCCUCUACCAGGCAGUGGCCACAAUCCUGGCCCAUGCAGGCUUCGAGUGUGCUAACGAGAGUGUCCUGGAGACCCUAACUGAUGUAGCACACGAGUACUGCCUUAAGUUCACCAAGUUGCUGCGAUUUGCUGUGGAUCAGGAGGCCCGGCUGGGGCAGACUCCCUUCCCCGACGUGAUGGAGCAGGUGUUCCAUGAAGUGGGCAUUGGCAGUGUGCUCUCCCUCCAGAAGUUCUGGCAGCACCGCAUCAAGGACUAUCACAGUUACAUGCUGCAGAUUAGUAAACAGCUCUCUGAAGAGUAUGAAAGGAUUGUCAAUCCUGAGAAGGCCACAGAGGACACUAAACCUGUAAAGAUCAAGGAGGAACCUGUGAGCGACAUCACCUUCCCUGUCAGUGAGGAACUAGAGGCUGACCUUGCUUCUGGAGACCAGUCAUUGCCCAUGGGGGUCCUCGGGGCUCAGAGUGAGCGCUUCCCAUCUAACCUGGAGGUCGAGGCUUCGCCACAGGCUUCAAGUACUGAGGUAAAUGCUUCCCCUCUUUGGAACUUGGCCCAUGUGAAAAUGGAGCCUCAAGAGAGUGAAGAAGGCAACGUCUCCGGGCACGGUGUGCUGGGCAGCGAUGUGUUCGAGGAGCCCAUGUCAGGCAUGAGUGAAGCUGGGAUCCCCCAGAGCCCUGAUGACUCAGAUAGCAGCUACGGCUCCCACUCCACUGACAGCCUCAUGGGGUCCUCCCCUGUUUUCAACCAGCGCUGCAAAAAGAGGAUGAGGAAAAUAUAAACAGCCAAGAGGGAGAUUUUCUGUCCAGACCUACAAGACUCAGCAGAAAACCUUGUUGUAUUCUAAUUUGUUUCCAUGAACAGUGAUUUGACUCUUAGUCUUAAACAGUGGAUUUUCCUGUUAUCAGUGGCACUGGAUUUAACCAAAUAGGUCUGCUUUUUCGUUUUGCAUCCAGUUUUUUUAGUUUUCUGCAACAACCAAGCUACCUUUCACAGACAUCAUGACACUGGGAUAGUAAUCCAGAGACUAAAGCACUGUCCCUGUUGUCUUUACUGUGUGACUAGACAAGUGACUUAGCUUCUCUAGAGCUGUUUCUCUUGCACAACCGAGAAUCAUACUGCUUUGACCUGCCUUGCAGGGAUAUGAUGAAGAUGGAGAUGUUAUUAAGCCUCAAAGCUGUGCUUGAACAGACUCACAGGAAAAUACAAAUUUUUUCUUUUAAUUUGCUUCAUUUUUGUUCGUCAUUGGGAAUCCAGUGCUGAUACCUAAUAGGAAAGAAAUAGCUAAACACAGUACAGCUUAUCUAUCAGUUGUCUUUUUUUUUUUUCAGACUGUUUUUGCUGCCCACGAAGUCUCCUAUAAAAUCAGAGCAGUUUAUGGUGAACAGCCUUUUUGCUUCUUCAGACAGCCCUCUCUUAGCCACAUAUUUUCUUCUACCUUCUCUAGACUUAUUCCAUGCAUUUCCACCCUCUUUGUCUGUUUCCUUAUUUCCACUCAGAUCUUUUUUUUUAGAGUUUCACCGUUUUUAUAUUUUCACAUUUUUCAAUUGCUCCUUUCAUUUUCUCCUUUGUGAAUGAAGCAAACAGGACCUGUCCAAGGACAGGCUUGUGUGUUUCAUUUGUUGCAUCUGCUGGGCCAUCAGAGAACAAUGGUCCGUUCCUUUGCCAGAAAUUCUCUACCUGCGCAGUGUUUCUACUGGAUGAGCAGCCUCUAAAAGGAUAAUGGUAUGCACCUUUCUGCUUUACAUCAAGUCCUAAACAGCUUUACUGCUGUUCCUCAUCCAUCGCAGUAUCACCCUGCUUGGCAUCUGAUAGUCUCAGUCAGUAUUUAUUAAGUAAAUGCUGUAGCACAGGAAUAAGCAGGUAAAUACUGCUGGAGUUUGGUUUAAGGGUGCAGAAUACAAGUCUUGUGAAAUUUAGAGCCCUCCUUUAGUAGAGACCAGAAAUCAAGGCCCAUGUCGAGUGCCUUAAAUGUCCCAGGCAUUGAGAAUAAAUAUGAAUGCAGUAGCAACAAGAUGAGGUUAUAAUUUAAACUGUUACCAGAUCAUUUAUAAGUUUGCUAAUUGUACAUCCUUGGCACAUUUAUCUAAACCCUUCCU